AUGGUGAGGGGGAAGAUGCAGAUGAGGAGGAUAGAGAACCUGGCCAACCGGCAGGUGACCUUUUCCAAGCACCGGAGAGGCCUUCUGAAGAAGGCCUUUGAGCUCUCCGUGCUCUGCGAUGUCGAGCACCAAAUGUCAAGUAUUCUCCAAUUUGCUCCUAACACAAUUUCAUAUGUCAAUAGUAGUUUUUGUGGUACAGAGGCCUAUCCAUUUACUGUCGAAAAGAUCAGUAAAUUGAGAGAGGAAGUGGAGAAUGCUAAGAAGGAUCAAACUCUUCGAAGUAUCUUAGUUUCAUCUUCCCGUGACUACUUGAUCACAAAUGAUAGAUCUAAGGAGAAGUUGCAUGAGUUGUCAGAAAAAGUAAAGGCCAGACUUGAGUCACAGACACUCGAGUCACUUCUUGUUUCAGAUGAUCUUGAUUAUGUUAUUGGAAAAAAUGGAUUGAAGAAUGUUCACCAUGCUGGUCAACCAAUGCCUAGUGAGGAGCAAGAAGAUAUAGUCAUAACCAGUAUCCAGAAUAACCUAUUAAAUAUGAAGUGCCCUUUGACAGGAAAGCCUGUUACAGAAUUGCAAAGUCUUGUCCGCUGGAUGGACUGCAAGCAUAUUUAUGAGAAGGAACCAGUAAUCCACUACAUAAGCACAAAGAAAUCACAUCCUCGAUGCCCAGUUACUGCUACAUCCUAUCAGGUUGCCCAAAAAUUCUCCAAGUUGGACGGAUUGUAUGCGACGCUUGCUUAUAAUAGAAAUUGA